AUGACUGAGGAUUUUGAUGAAGAAGUUGUGUUCGAGAACUCUCCGCUGUUCCAGUAUUUGCAGGAUCUAGGACACACAGAUUUUGAGGCAUGUUCUCCUGUUUCUCAGGAGGAGGAGUUGAACGCUGGAGGCGAGGAGAAGCCGUUUCCACAAGACAUCCUCUCUCUGGCCAGAAAGGCCAGGGUUUGGAGGUUGGUUGAUGGUCUGCGCAGCCUGAGUCCACUGCACCAAGACAGCGCCACCCAGUGGCAGGAGCAGCAGCUGGACGCUGUAUUCCGCCAGUAUUCCCUGCGCUGUCUGUUAUCUCAGGACGUGCUGUUGCAGGAAGAUGUUGAGUUGAUUGAGCUGUUGGAUCCGAGCGUGCUCUCUCUGGGCUCAGCUGAUACUGUCUGCCCCAGUGCCAGCACUGCUGUGCCCGCGCCACGCUACCUCUCAUCACCAUCGAUAUGGGACGUGUCAGCAUUGGUCGGGCUGUUAGCCAUCCUGCUCGCCGUCCAAUGCUCAGACCCUGACCAUGAGCUGGCCCUGCGGCUGUGUGUUGUGUUAGUGUGUGCAUUGUGUGUAUAUCGUGGUCUGUGUCUGUGGCAUAAGGCAGGUCUACAGCGUCACGUUCAGUCUCUGGCCAUUCAGCUGGAGGGUUUGGUGAACAACAGUCGAGCUCUGACCAGCCUUUCCCGCAAAUCACUGCGACUCAUACAGGAGACUGAGGUCAUCUCGCGAGGAUUCACACUGGUGAGUGGCGCCUGUCGCUUUAACAGGGCGGGGCAGCUUCGCAACCAGCAGCUGAUUGGGCUACGGAAGGCGGCCUAUCAGAGUCUUCGCUGCGCGUUCAGAGCUUCACGUCUCGCCACAUGCGUCAUGCUCAAAUCGUUUCCAUUGAACUCAGAGAUUGACAAUGUCACCAACUACGUAUCCACCGUGCCAAUCAGAGAGCUGGGUCUCGGUCUGGGGGUGGAGCAUCUUUCUGAGGAGCAGGCACAAGAACUGACCAAUGAUUACAGCCUACCAGCUCUCAAGAUGUUGUUCCAGUUGUGGGUGGGACAGAGCUCUGAGUUUUUCCGGCGAUUAGCUCUGCUACUGUCUCCAGGGAGGGAGGAGCUUAAUUCCAGGCUCAGCCCCCUCACGUAUAACAGCGUCCCUUUGAUUACUGACUCUCUGCAUUGCACUCUGGCCGGCUGCCUUGGGGAUCUUCAGCGCAGCUACGAUUUCCACCGCUACUUUGAGACGCAGCACCAGUCAUUGGGCUCAGGACGAAACGGACGUGCUCAACAGAAGUGUAGAGAGCUCAAUUCUGUGCACACAUCUAUCCGAAGUUUACAACUUCAUCUGAAAACACUCCUGAAUGAGGUCAUUAUUCUGGAGGAUGAUUUGGAGAAGUUAAUGGUUGCUAAGGAGACAGAGGAGAUGACGUGCACAGGCUAUCAGGAGCUGAAGGAGCGGCUGCAGGUGCUGCAGCCACACAUGCAGGCCAGCACCUGCUGCUGGGAUGAAACGCUCGCGCAGGUGGAGCGCAUGCUGCGCAGGGUCUCCAGCUACCCAGAGAGUUCAGACCAGCCGAAAGAAACGGCUGCUCCAGAGCCCCCUCCUCCUGCCCCCAUUGCACACAUACAGGACAGAGACCCCAUCCCUGAGGAACAGGAACUGGAGGGGUAUGUGUCGGAUUCUGACUCAGAGACUGAGUGGAGAGGGACCUCAGAUUUGCUGUCGCCGUGGGAACAAGAGCGUCAGCGGCAUGAACGAGAAGAGUCGAGACGCGUUUUACUCGAGCUGAAAUCCGUCCUUGGAAUUCGAACGUCGGAUGGAGAGAGAGACAAACGCAAGCGUCUGCUGUUCAGUGAUCAGGCUGCUCUGGGUCCAUUUGCUAAGGAAGCAUCAGAACCAGAUACAAACUCUUUAGAGUUGAGUGUUUCAGCUGAACCAAUGACUACCGCAGGCAACCAUAUCAUCCAACCAUCACAAGAACGACUGAUGGCGGAAGAAGAAGAUGAGAAUGAUAGAGGAAAGCAGACUGAAAAUAUUAGCAGGGUCGAGGAAGUAAAAUAUUCAGUGACUGAAUUUUGCACCGGAGAUCCAGAAGUACCUGGAGCAACUAUAGAUGUCAGUGUGGCGGAGACUGUUGUGGAAACGCAGCUCUUUCAAUCAGAUGGGCUUAUAGAUGAUGGGCAGGAUGGGACACACCCACUCACACCCAGAGUGCCCACCCUCUCUGUGACUGACAGACUGACUGAACUGCAUGGCACAGAGGCGCUCAGUUUUAGCUCCGCCUUGGCCGCCCAGGUUGCGGCACGCUCGCAUACAUUCACACACAUGCAGGAAUGUACUUAUGGGGACUCAGAGGAGGAAGAGGAAGUGACAUCACAGCAGACGAGAGAAAGUGAGGAGGACUGAAACGGCAUUUUGCGACAUCCGGGAUAUUUAUUCUCAUCUUUUAGUUUUAUUUAUUGAGCUUGAUUUCAGGUGACAGACAUCAUUGGAUGUAGCUGAUGUGUGUGCGUGUUUGUUUUGCUUGUGUGUGUGUGUGUGUGUGUGUGUGUGUGUGUGUGUGUGUGUGUGUGUGUGUGUGUGUGUGUGUGUGUGUGUGUGUGUGUGUGUGUGUGUGUGUGUGUCUCUCUCUCUCUCUCAGGGGGAGGGCUAUGUGUCUCAUGUGAUGUCCCAUGUCCAUUAUCCUCAUGACAGGGCUCUUGUACAGACUCGUUAAUACACAAAAUAACAGACAAAAACGUACACAUUUACUCACACACUAACACUCAUGCACAAAUCUACUUACUUGCUUUCUUGGUCCUGUUUAGAUCAAAUUUCCUGAAGGUCCUUACUCAGAAUAACCUAAACAAACCAAUUCUUAGAGUAUUCAAUUAGUCAGUUUGGCUUAAUCGCUCAAGAUGCCUCUCAAAGACAUGUUCCGAUUACAAUUCAACCCAAAAUCAAGAGGAAUUAUGUUUUGCAUAAAGAAAAGGAAGCCUCAAUUUCAAUACUGUAAUGUGAAAAAAAGUUUGUUUUAUAAGAAUAUUCAACAUGAUGAUAUUCAGUACUGCACUAAAAUUAGAAGGAAUGCAAAUAGUAUUUUGUAGUCUGAUAGUAUUUCAUUUGUAAAGUAAUGAGAAUAAUAAUUUUUCCUCUAAGUAAUGAGAUUCUUAUUAUUUCACAUGAUGUACUGAGAAUAAUAUAUUUUUUAUUUAUUUAAUUGCAGUAAUGUGAAUAUAUUUUUUCACUUUGCGGUAAUGUGUUUUUUUUCCACCCACAUUGCGGUAAUGUGGUUUUUUUCCACCCACAUUGCGGUAAUGUGUUUUUUUCCCCACAUUGUGGU